AUGGGCCAGCAGGGUAGCCGAGCAGAUGACGGCGAAGCUCUGGGGCAGGCUCCGCCUUCUCUGCCCAGUCCAAAUGCCAGUGGCUCUACCUCGCAUCGGCCUUUGCUAGAGCUCAAAGAGGCGACCGGCACCCCGAAGAAUGACAGGUCAGACGCCGACGAGCGCUCACCGGGACCGGGACAGCUGCCACGACCAGACUCGCAAAGCAGGUCCCGGCAUGCAACGCCCACACCACCAUCCCGGCAGAAUCCGCCGAAGCCGGCGGCACUGCCAGGGGUACGGCCGCCUUCCUCCCAAGGCUCGCGGGGCGGAAUGCAGGGACAGGGACAGCUACUGCUGAGCAAGUCUGGCCAGCUUCGGCGGACGGCCACUGGCGGAGGACUUAUCGGGCCCGAGUCUCCUAAUGCUUUGCAUGUGCCCGGCGCACCAGGAGGGCUCAAGACACACAACGAAGAAUCUCCACCACCCACGCGGCCAGGUACAGCUGCAUCCCUGGCGUCUGUGCAGCAUGCAUACCGCCGAGAUCCGCAGCGCUACAGGGUGGAGCUUCCAGGGCAGAUGCCGGAGAUCGCUACAGCUGAUCCGUCCCCGCCAGCAACGCAGCCUGCAGCGCUGGCUUUGCGUGUCAGACCGGGGACCAGCGCCCACGGCCACGGCCAAUGGCGCGUGUUGCCCACAGCCAAGGCGACAAAUGCCCGGCCAACCAGCUCCGGUGGUGACCCGGCGCUGCAGCCACUCUCGCUGUCGCUGACGCUGAAGAGCGGAAGCAGCAACCGAAGGACGCUGACAUCUGCAGGCGGACCACGGCCGGAAACUUCUGAGAAGGCCAAAUCCAAAGCGGGUUCCAAUGGCUUCAGGGUGCGGCUUCCUGGUCACAAAAUUGCAGGUUGCCUCUUAAACUAA